CGGUGCCCUGCGCUCAGCCCGCGCGCUCGCAGCUUCUUGCUCUCUCCGUCCGCCCGCCUGCCCGCCCGCUCCCUUGCUAGCUCGCGCUAUCCCUUGCGCUCGCCUCGCGGAUCGCGGUGGUUCUGGCCACAGUCUUCGGCUGGGAAGGGGGACAGAGGCGACGGCUCAGGGGAAUUGAGGCUACAGUGGUGGUGGUAGGAAGAUGUCGGGCGAGGACGAGCAGCAGGAGCAAACUAUCGCCGAGGACCUGGUCGUGACCAAGUAUAAGAUGGGGGGCGACAUCGCCAACCGAGUACUUCGGUCUUUGGUGGAAGCCUCCAGCUCAGGUGUGUCAGUACUGAGCCUUUGUGAGAAAGGUGAUGCCAUGAUUAUGGAAGAGACAGGGAAAAUCUUCAAGAAAGAAAAGGAAAUGAAAAAAGGUAUUGCCUUUCCUACCAGCAUUUCGGUAAAUAACUGUGUAUGUCACUUCUCCCCUUUGAAGAGUGACCAGGACUAUAUUCUCAAGGAAGGUGACUUGGUAAAAAUUGACCUUGGGGUCCAUGUGGAUGGCUUCAUUGCUAAUGUGGCUCAUACUUUUGUGGUUGGUGUGGCUCAGGGGACCCAAGUAACAGGGCGGAAAGCAGAUGUCAUUAAGGCAGCUCACCUUUGUGCGGAAGCUGCCCUACGCCUGGUCAAGCCUGGAAACCAGAAUACACAAGUGACAGAAGCCUGGAAUAAAGUUGCCCACUCAUUUAAUUGCACGCCAAUAGAAGGUAUGCUGUCACAUCAGUUGAAGCAGCAUGUGAUUGAUGGAGAAAAGACCAUUAUCCAGAAUCCCACAGACCAGCAAAAGAAAGACCACGAAAAGGCUGAGUUUGAGGUACACGAAGUAUAUGCUGUAGAUGUGCUUGUCAGCUCAGGAGAGGGCAAGGCCAAGGAUGCAGGACAGAGAACCACCAUUUACAAACGAGACCCCUCUAAACAAUAUGGCCUGAAAAUGAAAACUUCACGUGCCUUUUUCAGUGAAGUGGAAAGGCGUUUCGAUGCUAUGCCAUUUACUUUAAGAGCAUUCGAAGAUGAGAAGAAAGCUCGAAUGGGUGUGGUGGAGUGUGCCAAGCAUGAGCUGCUUCAACCUUUUAAUGUUCUCUAUGAGAAGGAGGGUGAAUUUGUUGCCCAGUUUAAAUUCACAGUUCUACUCAUGCCCAAUGGUCCUAUGCGGAUAACCAGUGGUCCCUUUGAGCCAGACCUCUACAAGUCUGAGCUGGAGGUUCAGGAUGCAGAGUUAAAGGCCCUUCUCCAAAGUUCUGCAAGUCGGAAAACCCAGAAAAAGAAGAAAAAGAAGCGGCUGAAAACGAUUCUUACUCUGAUUGGACAGUCCCGCCCUUAG